AUGUAUGUAAGCCUUAAACUUUAUAAUGUGUAUAACCCUUACCCUAAUCCUGUCUGUAUCCCUAAGUAUCAUGCUUUCUGUAAUCCUAACCUUAAUGAUGUAUAUAACUCUAACCCUAAUGAUGUCUGUUACCCUAGACAUAAUGAUGUCUGUAACCUUAAAACUAAUAGUACUCGUAACCCUAACCUUAAAGAUUUCUAUAAUCCUAACCCUAAUGAUGUCUGUAACCCUUACCUUAAUGAGGUAUGUAAUCCAUACCAUAAUGAUGCAUGGAACCCUAGUCCUGAUUUUCUCUGUAACCCUAACCCUAAUGAUAUCUGUAAGCAUAUCCCUAUAGGUAUAUGUAACCCUAACCCUGAUGGUAUCUGGCAUCCUAACCCUUAUCAUGUCUGUAACCCUAACCCUUAUCAAGACUGUAAACCUAUCCCUUAUGAUGUCUGUAACCCUAACACUUAUCAUGUCUGUAAUCCUAACCCUUAUAAUGUGUGUAAUCCUAACCCUUAUCAUGUCUGUAAUCCUAACCCUUAUCAUGUCUGUAACCCUUACCCUUGUCAUGUCUGUAACCCUAACUCUUAUCAUGUCUGUAAUCCUAACUACUAUCAAGCAUGUAACCCUAACUCUUAUCAUGUCUGUAACCCUUACCUUUAUCAUUUCUGUAACCCUUACUCUUAUCGUGUAUGUAACCCUAGCUCUUAUCAUGUCUAA